AUGGAUAGGAGUUUGUUGACAGACACCGAACUCCAGCUUACUCGGGAGCGGAAUUUGAAGUACAGGGGUACCGCGAAAGUUUACAUUAACCAGAUAGUUGCCCAUCCAUCCAUAUCUCGAGGACUGGAUCCGAAGAAUGUCGAAAGGUUGUGCAAAGUUUUUAGUCGCGAUCGUUGUCGACGGCUGGGCGUUCGCAACCAUGUCACUGCCAUCGUCUCCAGGCAGCACCUGGAGAUGGCGCUCACGUCCGCAGGAGUGAGUACCGUCGCUCUCAUGACUAAUCCGCCUGAUCAAUAUCCCCUGCUUGAUUUUCCCGUCGGGCAGGUACAAUGCCUUCACGGACAGCACCAUCUGAAGGCCGCGGAAGAACUGCUACCGCCAAGUGAUCAAUGGUGGACGGUUGAUCUUUACCUCGAUGACAUUAGUUCCGAUUUGCAAGCUGCACUUGUGGAUAAAUAUUUGAAUGAAAAGGUUCCAAGCGACGGCGAGGUCUAUCUCAAAGUUCGUCAGUAUCAAUAUGAGGGGAACGCACGGUUCGAAGAACGAUGGAUGGCCCGCCUGACAGCCAACAAAGCCAAACGGUUUCGGCAGCUUACAUCGCGGGUCGAUGUUCGCGCUGCCUUUGACCGGCUACGGAUCAUUCCUGCGCUGCUACUGCAGGGAAUGAAGUUUGGCUCCAUUCCUAGAGCACUCGCCACGAACUGUUAUGAGGAGAUGGUCCACGGUUUGGGUUCGUUACUGGAGUCGUGGUCUUACUACGUAAGAGGCGACCGUGCGAAGAUGCUAAAGGUUGACCCGCAUACAGUGGAAACCCUGCAGGGCUUGGCUCCCAGUGUUUCCGUCAAGGAUGCGAAGGUCGUUAAAGGCCUGGUUCUAAGCGGGGAAGUCUUUUCGAAAUUCACGUCGUCCGAACGCAAGGCUAUAUGGAAGAGGUUAAAACGCAGGCGGAAUAUUAUACCGUCACUGUAUACCUUUUUCCAAAAUAUGUGGUAUCUUGAGGCAUGCGCAAACUGCAUGAAACGUCUGGUUAACCCAUGCCAGCGUUACCCUUCGGUCAAGAGCGCCUUCCUAGGCGCAUUCCAAAUGGGCCCGAACAAUGAUGAUUGCCUGAUCCAAUCAUCUGAGAUGGAUUUCCGGCACCAGCGUGGCCCUCAAAGCAUCCGAGCAGAGUUCGGAUACCGGCAGCUGUGGCUAUACGCGAUGCGCCACUAUCCACAGAUCCCCUGA